AUUAUUACCCAUUAAUGUUCACGAAAAAAUGGAAAGAAAAGCACAUUAUAAAUAGACUAACCAAGCCCAGUAAGUCUCCUCAUCUCUUAAUCCAAUGGCUUUCUUCUUCAGUAGGAUUAACUGCAUUUGUGGGUCUUUGAUGAUCCUUUUAGCCUUCGUUUGUGAAGCUACAGUUCCUUCUGGAGGUUUCAUUGGAACCCAAAAUACCCAGUUUGUUCUCAAUGGCUCUCCUUUCUUCUUUAAUGGGUUUAAUUCCUAUUGGAUGAUGAGUGUUGCAGCUGACCCCAAUGAGAGGUACAAGGUCUCCAAUGUCUUCCGGGAUGCCACCGCCGCCGGCCUCACUGUUUGCAGGACGUGGGCUUUCAGUGACGGCGGCUACCGGCCAUUACAGAUAUCUCCCGGGAACUAUGAUGAGAAGGUUUUCCAGGCACUUGAUUUUGUGAUUUCGGAAGCACAAAAGUAUGGGAUUCGUUUAAUUUUGAGUUUGGUGAACAAUUACAAUGACUAUGGAGGUAGACCACAAUAUGUUCAGUGGGGAAAAAGUGCUGGACAGAAGAUUAGUGAUGAUGAUGAUUUUUAUACAAAUCCAAUGGUGAAGGAGUACUACAAGAACCAUGUUAAGAGAGUCCUAACAAGGUUGAACACCAUAACUGGAAUUGUGUAUAAAGAUGAUCCAACAGUCAUGGCAUGGGAGCUCAUGAAUGAACCACGAUGCAAAGUAGACUAUUCUGGAAAAUUAUUAAAUGUUUGGAUUCAAGAAAUGGCAACACAUGUGAAGUCUCUUGACAAUAAACACUUGCUUGAGGUAGGGAUGGAAGGUUUUUAUGGAGAUUCAACCCCAGAGAAGAAGCAAAUCAAUCCUAAUGGUUAUGAAUUUGGAACAGAUUUUAUUACCAAUAAUCUCAUAAAGGAAAUUGAUUUUGCCACAAUACAUGCAUAUCCAGAUAUUUGGUUACCGGGACAAAGCAACAACGAGCAAUUGACAUUCCUACAAAGGUGGAUGGAUAAUCACUGGGCAGACUCAAGAGGGGUAUUGAAGAAGCCAGUGGUAUUUGCUGAAUUUGGCAAAUCAAAGAAACAUCCUGGAUUCAGUAUUAGUAUUAGAGAUUCAUUCUUGAACAACACUUACAAUAGCAUCUACAACUUUGCAAGGAGUGGGGGAACAAUUGGAGGUGGUUUGGUUUGGCAAAUUUUAGCUGAAGAGAUGGAGUCAUAUUAUGAUGGUUAUGAGAUUAUUCUAACCCAAGAACUCUCAACAAGUAAAGUCAUUAGUGAACAAUCUCAUCUCAUGACUAUACUCAAUCAUUAAGACACCAAUUAAAUGAACCUAACAGACAUAAAAAUAAGAAAAUGAUUUAAUUAUAGGUAUUGGCUGUUUUGGAUGAGGGUAUAUUUUAUUAGAAUUUAAACUCAAGGAACAAAAGGAGAUGUAUCAAGAUGUAAUUCUCAUUUACAGAGAUAUAAUCCUAAUAUUGUGAGAGUAAUCUUCGA